AUGGGGGCAGCUGCUGUGGCAAUGGCGUUGGCUGUUGUCGCGGUGCUGCUCGCUGGCAGUCCACCAUGGACUGAUGCAGCGCCAUCCAUCGCAGCGCCACCCAUCGCAGCGCCACCCAUUUUGCGCCUGCUCUCCCCUCGCGAAACCAUCGCCCUCUGCGACCGAGUGGACGAUACACUGUCGCAGAUAAUGGCAGCGCUGCAUGCUCAAGGUGCUGCUGCUGGUGCCGCGCACAACACCACGCAACAACAACAGCAACGACGACCGCAGAUUGACCUGUCCUCAAUUCGAGACAUGAUGGACGUGGUUGGCUGUCCCGUCAACGAUGAGGAAUAUGUUCAACCGCAGGUGCUUCUGCCUCCAAAACCACGGGACAAUCACGCGUCCCCACCACGACCACGCGCCACACGUGCGCCCAGCAACACCACUGAACCCACCACCACGUCACUGUCCGUGCCCUCCGCGGCCACCAUCACGCGCACGACCGCCGCCCCCUUGUUGCAGUCAUCCCAGCGACGCCUGCAGCGGCAACGAAGAGAGGACCCGCUCAAAGUGGGCUCGUGCACAUUCUCCAGCGUGGUGGACGGCACAUGCCCUCCCCCGCCUUUCAACGCCUCCCUGACAAUCACCUUCGAGGACGAAACUGAGGUGCCGGAGGGCGCAGACCCCCAGCGCGUGCUUGCCAUCUCCUCCAACGUCUUCGAUUUGGUGUUGAGUGGCAGCGUGCAUGAGCAGCCCUUCCGCUUCAUCGUCGACAACGGGGACUGGACGCGGGUGACCCUGCUUGACAUUGAGGGAUUGGAGUUCCGCGUGUUCGAGCUCAGGUGGCUCAACGGCUUCUCCAGUGUGACCAGCCUGGUGAUUGCCAACAACCCGAGCCUCGACCUCGAUGCCUCAGGGUUUGCGCUCGCUUCACAGCUGGUCACGUUCAGCCUGGAGGGCAACUCGCUGCCACAGGUCUCCGACGAUGUGUUUGCCGGCAUGACGGCGCUGCAAUUCCUCAACCUCGGCCAUAACCGCAUUCGCACUGUGCCCAUGCGCCUCUUCAGCUCCAUGCCGCUGCUGCACACGCUCUUCCUCAACAACAACAUCAUCACGCACGUGGAGGACGCGGCGUUUGCGGCCCUCAAGUCCCUCCUCGUGCUCAGUGUCCGCUUCAACGACCUCACCCAGCUCUCCCAGUCCGCCCUCUCCGGCCUGUACCAGCUGAAGGACCUGCGUCUCGGCGGCAACCCAUUGCAGACCCUCACCCCGCUCGUGUUCUCGCAUCUGCACGCGCUGGUGUCGCUGGACGCGUCGGAUAUGCUGCUCUCCACCAUCCACGCAGACGUCUUUGCCGCCACCACCAGCCUCAAAAUCCUCCGCCUUCGCGGCAACGCCAUCACGUCCUUGCCUGCAGGCAUUUUCCGGCACCUCUCGCAGCUGGAGCUGCUCAACCUGCAGCAGAACAGGCUCGCCUCGCUGCCGCCCACGCUGCUACAGCCGCUGACGAGCCUCCAGGUCCUGGACAUUGGCCACAACACGCUGGCCUCGUUCCCGCCCAACUUCUUCGAUGUGUGCGAGCCGCUGUUCCUGGUGCUGGCAGACAGCAACCGCCUGACCGCGCUGCAGCCAACCAUCUUCAAACACAACCGGCAGAUGGCGCGCGCCGUGUUCUCCAACAACGCCAUCACCUCCAUCGAGGGCGUGUUUGCAGACACGCCCCUGCUGGAGAUGCUUGACAUGGACAGCAACCGGCUCACCCGCUUCCCGCCGUUUGACCUGCCACAACUCUUCCACCUCGUCCUCAGCAACAACCCCAUCACCCACCUGCCAAACGUGACCAGGCUGCCCUACCUCACCACGCUGCGCCUGCGCAACCACCACAUCACCGCCCUCGACCUCACCCCCGUGCUCUCCCUCACCCUCAUUGGCACGCUGGAGCUGGACGCGGCACCGCACAUCCGCUCCGUUGCCCAGUUUGACGCGAGCCAGCUGCCGCAGCGCAGCCGCCCACCACUCCUCCGCACCCUCCGCCUCAUCAACGUGGACGCCACGCCCAUCAUCAACCAGCUGCAAGCGCUCGCCGUGCUGAGCCUCGAGUCGCUGCACAUUGGCUGGCCGGGCCUCGAUGCCUCCGUCAGCCCCGUAGUCGACCAAGUGUGUGAUCUCCUCGCAGACAACGUGCGCGAGCUGGCGCUCACCCGCACGGGGUUUACCUCCAUCGACCUGUGCCCAACCAAGACGUUUGACGCCGUGUUCCUGCAGAACAACGAGCACCUGCAAACGGUGACCAUCCACAACGCCCUGUCCGAGCUCAACGUGUCCAGCUGCCCCUCCCUCACGGAGAUUGUCGUGCCCUCCGUUGCUGUGCUCGACAUGAGCAGCACCUACCUCCGCCCCAGCGUCGCCUUGUGCCGCAGGUGGGGGUUCAGGAUGCUGUUUGCGCGCAACAUGCCCAGCGAGCUGUUCCGUACCAUCCAGGCUGCACGUGCCCUGGGCAACUGCCUCGUGCGCGUGGACGUUCUCGAUGCUUCUGGCAACGCGUGGCUGGACCAGCCGGGCGAGCUGGCCCGGUUUGCCGGCGAGCUCGUGGCCCUCUCUGACACAACAUUUGUGUCGCUGGCCUUUGGGCCCGUGCGGUCGCGGUCAACGCCCCCCGUGCUGCAGCUGCGGGACACGCCUGUCGAGUGCACGAUUGAGCUGCAGACGAAGGAGCUGCGACACGAGGAGGACCUCAACGUCGGCCUGCAGGUGGUGUACUCGUUCCAGUGCGGCUGCUCGCAGGGAUACCGGCUCAACUCGAACAACGUGUGCGAGCCAAAGGGCCCCAACAUUGCUGCGAUUGUGGGCGGGUCCCUGGUGGGUGGACUGGCCAUCCUGGUGCCCGUGGUGCUGUGGCUCUACCGCCGCUACUGGAAGAGCAAGAUCAAGCACCAGCAGCUGCUGUCGGAGAAGGACGAAGAGGUGAUGGCGCUGAAGAGGGCGUGGGAGAUUGAGUACGAUGAGCUGCACAUUGUGAAGCGUGUUGCUGCGGGCUCGUUUGGUGCCGUGUUCAAGGCCAAAUGGGACACGGUGACGGUUGCGGUGAAGGUGCUGCAGCAAGCCGUCAUGGCGCUGGAUGAACACACCGUGAUUGAGUUUGAGAAGGAGGUGGAGUUCCUGCAGAAGACACGGCACCCGAACGUGGUGCGGUUCUUUGGCGCGGGCACAGACCCCAACGGCAGCCCGUUCCUGGUGCUGGAGUAUGUGGCGAUGGGAUCACUGAAAGAUCUGUUGGGGAAGGACAUGGAACAGGUGUUGAGGGAGGUGAGGGCGACGCAGAGCAAAGAGGGCAGCCAUGCCUUUGACGCAGGUCCGCUGAUGGACACCACAGCUCAGAGCACCCACCACCCCCACGAGAGUGAACUUGCCACCAUGACUGUCUGGGACCUGAAGCUGCGACUGCUACGUGACGUUGCCAGUGGCAUGGCCUUCAUCCACAGUCUGGACCAGAUGCACCGAGACCUAAAGAGCGGGAACGUGCUGGUGUCAUCGUCGCUGCGCGCGAAAAUCACGGACUUUGGAUCCAUUCGCCAGUGCUUGGCACGGUCAGAGUCGUCGAGGUCACACCCUGCAUCGGCGCCGUCGGCGAUCACAGAGCUGCUGUACACGCGUGGCGCAGGCGCUGCAACCAUGCAUCUCCACAUGACAGCAGCCGUCGGCACGCCCAUGUACAUGGCCCCCGAAGUCUUCUUGGGAGAGGAGUACAACGCCAAGGCGGACGUGUUCAGCUUUGGCGUGCUCAUGUGGGAGGUGGCCACGCAGCGGGACCCAGACCUGAUUGCCCAAGAAAAGGGUCCAAAGUAUCGUGGCCCGCUCCUCGCCACCCAGGCCAACCUGUUGAAGGAAGGAAAGCGCAUGCGCUUUGAAGACCACGAGGGAAGGCCGCUGUCGGUGUCGGAGUGGUACACACAGCUGGCGUACCAGUGCAUGGCGAGCGACCCUGCCGACCGCCCAACUUUUGAUGAGCUCAAAACCAAGCGCUUGGCGCACCAGAAUGCCGCGCAGGAGCGAUAGUAGUAGUUGUUGUAGUCGCAGUAUUAGUUGUAUGUGCGUGUGUGUUUGUCUCUGUGUGUGUGUGUGUAUUUGUCUGUGUGUGUGUGUGUGUGUGUGUG